GCUCUCACCCCGCCCAGAGCCGCGGGAUAGGAACGACCGUUACCUGCUCCAGCAACGCCCGCAGGCGCAGCUCGUGCGCGCGCCGACCCUGCGCCCCCUGCCGCAUGUAGGCCGCGUUCACCAGCCUCUCGCUAGCUCCGAAAUUCUCAACGUUCAUGUCGAAAGGCGUGGGCGGAGAAACCGACACACACGCUCGCACCCCAGGAAAUGCUGCAGAGAUGAACUUGUUUUUGGAUGAUCCAGAAUUUGCAGAAAUUGUGCUGAGAACAGAACAAGCUGUAGAGUGUGGAGUCUUUCCAGAAAGAAUUUCCCAAGGAUCUAGUGGGAGCUAUUUUGUCAAGGAUCCAAAGGGAAAAACUAUUGGAGUGUUCAAACCAAAAUCUGAAGAGCCUUAUGGUCAUCUGAAUCCAAAAUGGACCAAAUACUUUCACAAGAUCUGUUGUCCUUGCUGCUUUGGCAGAGGCUGCCUUGUUCCUAAUCAGGGAUACCUUUCUGAAACUGGUGCCUUUCUUGUGGACACCAAACUAGGAUUAGGAGUUGUACCUAAAACUAAGGUUGUCUGGCUUGUCAGUGAGACCUUUAACUACAGCACAAUAGAUCGUGCCAAAUCAAGAGGGAAAAAAUACGCUUUAGAAAAAGUCCCAAAAGUUGGGAAAAAAUUCCAUCGAAUAGGACUGCCUCCUAAGGUUGGCUCCUUCCAGCUGUUCGUUGAAGGAUAUAAGGAAGCUGAGCAUUGGCUCAGGAAAUUUGAAACCGAUCCUUUACCUGAGAAUACUAGGAAACAAUUUCAGUCACAGUUUGAGAGAUUGGUUGUUUUAGAUUAUGUCAUCAGAAACACAGAUAGGGGCAAUGAUAACUGGUUGGUUAGAUAUGAAAAGCAAGAGGCUGAUAUUGAUCUUUCAGAUAAGGAUAUCCAAUGGACUGCUAGUAAAGAACCUGUUGUUCAAAUUGCAGCAAUUGAUAAUGGCUUAGCUUUUCCCUUUAAACAUCCUGAUGAGUGGAGAGCAUAUCCAUUUCAUUGGGCUUGGCUUUCUCAAGCAAAAGUUCCUUUUUCCCAGGAAACCAGAGAUUUGAUUCUCCCUCGUAUUUCUGACAUGAACUUUGUACAGGAUCUUUGUGAAGAUCUUUAUGAACUAUUCAAGACAGAUAAAGGAUUUGACAAGGCUACUUUUGAAAACCAAAUGUCAGUGAUGAGGGGACAGAUACUAAACCUUACUCAGGCAUUAAAAGAUGGAAGGAGUCCAAUUCAGCUAGUACAGAUGCCACGCGUGGUUGUGGAGCGAAGUAGUACUGGAAGUCAGGGCCGAAUUGUUCAUCUGAAUAAUGCAUUCACACAGACCUUUCAUAGCAGGAAACCUUUCUUUUCCUCCUGGUAGCAACAUAAGAGAAAAGUGAAUGUCUGUGAUUUAGUAAGUUCCUUUACGUAAAAGGCUCUGCAAUAAUGUAAUUCUGCUAUAUACUGAGGGCUCUGACUGCCAAAACCUCAAACUUAACUUGAAAAUUUAAAGAUUUAAGAAUUGUAUUUUGAAUGUAAUCAAAAGUUUACAAUUUUUGUGUCAAAAUUGUGAAUCCUUAUGUCAGGGAAUGAGAAGAAUUUGUCUAUACUGUAUUUUUAUAGGCUGAAUUCAUACUAAAGGGAAAACUUAAAGUUUACAUAUGCUAAAAGACUACUUUUGAAUACAACAUAGAAAAAGUAAUUAUUGUUGGAUAUAAAUGUGAAAACAUAUAGUUAUAAACAUUCUUUUUAUAUAUGCUUUAAAAAGGAAGCACAGCAUGUUACCUUUUCUUUGUUAAAAAUGCUAUUCAGUGUUACUGCUUAGUGCUUACAGAUGUCAUAAAUUAUUCCAUAGGUUUUCAUAGCCUAGUGAGCUGGAAAAUAUUAAAAUAAAAUGGUCAUGCAUUUAAAAAGUGCAUUAAUUGCAAUUUUUGAAACUUGAAAAAUAUUCCAAAGGUUUUUUGCAAUGGGGUCCAAAAAAGCACAUCUUAACAUAAUCAGAAUUAGGGCAGAUUUUUGCCCUCACACGUGCAUAAUUCAUUUGUCCUCAGUGGAAGAUAUGUGCAUAAAACUGGGUGAAAUUUGGUCUUUAACAUUUUAAAGAUCAUUUGCAUAUUUAAGUAACUUAUGGGAAAUUGUCCAUGACACGUUACUAUAGAGGUAGCAUUGACGUACUUGUAUAAUUCCAUCAUGACAACAGACUACUGCAUAGUUUUAUUUAGAAUUGAAGGGAUAAUUGUAUGCCACUUUGAAUGGAAUAUAUUAACUGACACCAAAGUAGUUCCUACCAUUGUUGAUUGAUAAAAACACUGGAGUAUUCAUUGUUGAGCCACCCCAUUUGCAACAUUUCAACCUAAACACUCCAUUAUUUCCAUGGACAAACAAAAGCAGAAAAUAGAUUACAAUAUGCAGAGUAUGGCAAACACUGUCAUUGGAUUCCUUGCAAUUCUGUGUCUGCCACUUAAUUUUUUAUUUUGAAGUUACACAGCUUUUAAAAAAAACUCAUCUUCCACAUCAGUGGCUUAUGUAAUAUAGUAGAUGAUUUUUAUGUCAUUGGUGUACUUGAAGGUUAGGACGAGGAGUGGAGGAAGAAAACUUAGUUACAAAUAUUAUUGCUUUUAGGAAGCCUAUGGUUUUCAAGUAUUUCAGACUUUGCUGUAUUUUAUAAUCCCAAGCAAUAUUAUUAAUUCAACAAAAUCCUUGUGUAUUGUUUUAUAUAAUUUUGGGGUGAUGUACAUACCGUAGCAUGUCCGAAAUUCACUUGAUUUACUAAAAUGUCUAAACCUUAAAUGUAUAACUUACUGGACUGUGGGCUUUCAAAUAAGAUUGAGGAAGCCACCUUUAUAAGGUUCAAAGGCUUCAGUUUUUAUCUGAACAAUUUCUUAAAUUUUAAAGUAUAUUUAAGAUAUUGGGCAUACAUUCUUAAAACAAUAAAUGCCAGUCUGACA